AUGGGCAUGAUUCCAUAUGCUGGUGUCUCUUUCUGGACACAUUAUACAUUAUCGGAAUUUUGUAGAACAACAUUAGUGAAUAUUACAACAGAUCCGUCUUUAAUUGCUGAUAAAAAAGAUUUUCUAGACAAAGAAAGGAGGGUUCCAUUAAAAACUUGGGCAGAAUUGACUGUUGGGGGACUGUCUGGCGCUAUAUCUCAAACAGUAUCGUACCCACUCGAAGUAAUUCGACGUAGAAUGCAG